UGUAUUGACUUGUCUUUAAAUAUAGCUAGGAGUCUGUUAUGGUGACUGAUUUGAUGGACAUUGAUGCAUUGGGAGUUUGGUCUGCAGGUAAAGCAGCUGAGAACCACUUAUACCUACUUCAUAAGUGCCAGAUUGCAGAAGUCUCAGACAUUUAAGCACCUCCCCUAGUCAUAUAGAUAGAAAGCACUUACAUGCUGAAAUCAGAUAUGCUUCUUAAUGAUUAAUGGUAUGCAUACUGUAGAGUCCAUUAUUUUCUGUAAUAUUGAUGUCUGGUUGCCAGAGAGAUUGUUGAGACUUAUGUUAUGCAUCGUUUAGUUCAAUCUUUAGGGAAAUUGAUGGAGGACACAAAUACAGCUUGAGUUUAUUAUAAUCUAAAGUAAUGACCAAAUGUUGCUUAAGCUUGUCUAUAAUAGAAGACACAGCGCCAUUCAUUCAAAGAAUUGCUGUGUCAUUGCCAUACAUUCCACUUUACCCACGUUUUCAUUGCUGAGAUCUUCUGUGCAUUUUCAAACUUUCUCUAUGCAGAUAAAGCACCAUUUUGCUGAUAUGACAUUUCAUUUAGGCCUAUAUAAGUUAAUAGCAUGUGGCAAGGAAAAAAACAGGAAGAGGUGUAAUUUAAAAAUGCAAUAAUUAGCACAUUUUAAAAUAAUCUUAAGGCAAGGACAAACACAAACAAACAGCAGUGGCAUGAUCUAAUCUAAUGGUUACAGGCUACUUUAAAUUGUAUUAUUGAAUGUGUGAGGCCUCCUCCAAUGGGACAGUCUAAAGCACAACUGCAUCAGAGCUGCUGCUGAUUCUGAAGUCAGUCUUUCGUGCUGCAGUUCACUGUACAGGACAGGGGAGCGUUUGGAUUUCGUCUUCGCACACAGCCAUGGAUCUUACAAACGAUAAAUUUUCUUCCACCCGGAAGUGUCUUUUGGUAACACUACUAUUCCUUUUUUCAUUUCAACUGGUUCGAUCAAAGCGCAUAAUAAAAUGUCCUUCAGGAUGCACUUGCACGACAGAUUCAGUCAUUUGUGUUGGUUCUUCUGUCAUCCCCCGGACCAUACCGAGUGACAUCAACUCUCUGAGUAUUGUUAAUUGCAGUUUCCCAGACAUCAAGGAGGCUAUGUUUUCGCUCAUGCCCUCACUGCAGUUAAUUCUCCUGAGUUCUAAUUCAUUUUCUGAAAUAAAGGAGGAUGCAUUCUCAGGGCUUCCUCAUCUUGAGUAUUUAUUUAUUGAGGGCAACAAAAUUGAAGAGAUAAACCAAUAUGCCUUCAGAGGACUUCGGGAUGUUACACAUCUAUCAUUAGCAAACAACAAUAUAAAAACAUUGCCCAGAGGUCUUUUUUCUGAUCUGCGCUCUUUGAUUGAACUAGACCUGCGAGGGAACAUGUUCCAAUGCGACUGUGAGUCCAUGUGGCUGAUGCUGUGGUUGAAGCGAUCCAAUGCCACAAUCUCAGAUGUUUACUGCGCCAGUCCAUCUGCCAUGAAAGGUGUCCCAUUAAAGGAUGUCCCAGAAAAACACAGCAAGUGUGUCUCCACAGAUUUUGUUCAGCAUCAGAUAGUGAAUACUCAAUCCAUGUCAGCAGACAUCUUCUUUCACAAAGAUGAUAUAUAUGUUGCUAUAGCAGUUCCAAAUUCAGACAGCUGCAUAAUCAUGGAAUGGGAUCACAUUGAGACAAAUUUCAGGCCUUUUGAUGAAAUCACAGGACGGUCUGUUGUUGGGUGCAGGUCUGUUGUGAUCAAUGAUCAGGCACUUGUAAUCGUCUCCCAGCUCUUCGAUGGCUCCCUUGUCUACAAAUACGACCAAGCACAGAAUAAGUUCACCAAGUUUCAAGCAGUUGAAAUGCUUAAUGUGUCCAAGCCAAAUGACAUUGAAGUCUUCCAGAUUGGAGAUGACUGGUUCUUCCUUAUGGUGGACAGUUCCAAAGCUGGAAUGACAACUCUGUUUAAAUGGAACGAAACUGGUUUCUACCCAUAUCAGUUCCUUCAUGAGUGGUUUCGUGAUACCGAUGCAGAGUUUUUUUAUUUAGAUGGGAAAUCUCUUCUCAUACUAGUGAGCCGCUCCCAGGUUCCUGUCAUCUACCAAUGGAACAAGGGCACCCAAAAGUUUGUUCUACACGAUGAGAUAGCAAAUAUGGACGACAUUGUCAGCGUGAAGGCCUUUAGGAUUAAGGACGUUCUCUACCUUGCCCUCGCCUGCUACAUCGGUGACUCAAAAGUCAUGAAGUGGACCGGCAAACACUUUGAAGAAGUGCAGGGCUUCCCUUCACGUGGCGCCAUGGUAUUGCAGCCCAUCAAGUUCAAAGACCAGCACUAUUUGAUUCUGAGCAGUGAUUAUUCUUUCUCCCAGAUCUUCAGAUGGGAUGAGGAGGAUCAGAGUUUUAUCAAGUUCAGGGAUGUGUAUGUUCAAUGGCCACGCUCAUUUACCGCGCUGUCAACAGACCAGCGUGAUUUUGUGCUGGCCACCAGUUUCAAAGGCAAAACCAAGGUUUUUGAACAUAUUGCAGUGGAUUAUAGCAAAUGAUGCAUGUGCUGUUAUUUGUUCCAUCUGGUCAGAUGCUAAAACUCAAUUCCUCAAUAUAUGCAUACAUUUAACCUUGAUAUUUAUGAAUGUAAUGUUUUGUCAACAAAAAGGCUGAAACACAGUGCACAUCUCUAUUCUCUAGUCUUGCGAAAGCUAUUUAUGCAACAUUUUUCUAUUAAAGUUUGAAUAAAUGACACACUGCAGCUUAAUUUAUUCAGAUGUUGAAAAUACCUGAAUGUUCGAUCGUAUCAGGGCUCUUUUAAAUAAUUUAAUUGUGAAAUAUUAGGUUCACCAAAGGUAGGGACUCAGACUUCAAUUCAAAAGACUGUGAACUAUUAGCUAGGUUUGACUGUAUGCAAGCAUGUUUUUGGUGCGGACUAGUGCUAUUAAUCAGUAGAGACCCUCAAUGUUAUUGCCUUUGGCGAAUGAAAGCCUUAAUUUAUUUAUUUAUUUAUUUUACAGAAUCUUUUUGUCAGUUUUAUAACUGUAUCUGGCUGAGCAAUAAUAUACUGAAUGUAGAUUUGAAAUAUGUUAAUGAUAAUAAACAGCAUCUUCUAUUGAUUUGCUCAA